GGUAAUGUAGUCUAAAGUCCAGGAGGCUCCAGGAACCCGUUUGUUUUUGUUCCUCCAAGAUGGAAAAAACAAAAACAAAGCCUGACCUGUUCUAGGUUCUGCCUGAAGSAUCUGGAUCAGGACUUCCUCCGGCCCCCGUCUUGUUUCCGUGGCGUCACCGUCAGUGUCGUGUUGCAUGUCCUAACCUCUUUCACUCACCUGGCGCAGGUGAGCCUGUGUACGGCUGGAGGUCCGGCUCAGACCUCAGUGUGUGUUUGAAACCCGAGGACGCUGGAAACCCGCACCUCGGUCCCCUCUGGGACCGGCAGAAACCCGAUCCGGGUCACCUGACGGCUCCUUUUAACUCCGUGUCCUCGCCAGUCAGCUCGCCGUCCCGCAGCAUGGCGGACACCGGGGCCUGGAGGACGCACCAGGACGACCCCCGGGUGCCCAAGCCAGGACUGGGACCUGGAUUAGCACCUGGACCUGGAUCUGGACCUGCACCAAACCGUGUUUGGAUCUCACUGAUAGCAGAUCGUCUCUACUUCGCCACCUUACGCAGCAAACCCAAGAGCACAGCCAACACGCACUACUUCUGCACCGACGACGAGUUCGUCUACGAGAACUUCUACGCAGACUUCGGCCCCCUGAACCUGGCCAUGCUGUAUCGAUACUGCUGCAAGCUGAACAAGAAGCUGAAGUCGUUCACUCUGACCAGGAAGAGGAUCGUUCACUACACCAGCUUCGACCAGAGGAAGAGGUCCAAYGCUGCGGUUCUGAUCGGAGGCUACGCCGUGAUCUACCUGAAGAGAAGUCCAGAAGAAGCCUACAGAGCUCUGAUCUCUGGCUCCAACGCCUCCUACCUGCCUUUCAGGGACGCUGCCUUUGGGAACUGCUCCUACGACCUGACGGUUCUAGACUGUCUGCAGGGAAUCAGGAAGGCUCUGCAGCACGGCUUCUUUGACUUUGAGACGUUUGAUGUGGAGGAGUACGAGCACUACGAGCGAGUGGAGAAUGGAGACCUGAACUGGAUCGUCCCAGGGAAGUUCUUGGCCUUCAGCGGACCCCAUCCUAAAUCUAAAAUGGAAAACGGUUACCCCCUACACGCCCCCGAGGCUUACUUCCCGUACUUCAGGAAACACAACGUGACGACCGUCGUCCGCCUGAACAAGAAGAUCUACGACGCCCGGCGCUUCACCAACGCCGGCUUCGAGCACUACGACCUCUUCUUCGUGGAUGGCAGCACGCCCAACGACGUCAUCGUUCGCCGCUUCCUGUACAUCAGCGAGAACGCCGCCGGAGCUGUAGCUGUCCACUGCAAAGCUGGUCUGGGCAGGACGGGCACUCUGAUUGGCUGCUACCUGAUGAAACAUUACCGUUUCACAGCCGGCGAGGCCAUCGCCUGGAUCAGGAUCUGCAGGCCCGGUUCUGUCAUCGGCCCGCAGCAGAACUUCCUGCAAGAGAAGCAGACGUCUCUGUGGCUGCAGGGCGACAGCCACCGAGCGCAGAAAGGAAAGCUGGAGGACAAACCUGUGCCUCGCCUCAUCAGCAGCAUGGACGAGCUGUCCUUAAACACCAGAACGUCCCUGUCCAACCAUCAGCAGGAGGGGGACCUUACAGACAGUUCAGGUCUGACGCAGGGCGACAAACUGAGAGCCCUGAAGAGUCGACGUCCCCCUCGAUCACUCGCCACCACAAAUCUGAGAGUCGAUGAGAUGAAGCUGCAGAGCCGCUCAGGUACUCAGCCUCUCAGGUUGUCAAUGGGCGUCGGUCAUGGCUCCGCCUCCACCCUCAAGCCCUCCAAGUUCCCAUCAUCCUCUGCUUCAGCUGCAGCCAAAAGGAUCGGGAGGAACUCUUCAUCGAUGGCGUCGAACAUCAGAAGCUCCGCCUUCAGUUCGCGGUUGGCCAGCUCUCUCGGCGACCUCUACAACGCCGACAUCGCGGAGAACAAGACGACAACRUACUCCUCCGCCCCUCCGUCUUCUCCCCCGACUGUGUCUUUAAGCUCCUCCCCCUCAUCGAUGGCCCCGCCCCCUCUGUCUUGCUACGCUAACGGACCUCACAGUUUGCAGCAGGAGGUCAACAACAACAGCGGCGGCGGCGGCGCCCUGUACGGCGGCUCCGUGGCGCCACCUGCUGGCAAAGGUUAUAUCCAUCCGACGCAUCAGGACCCCUACAGGGGCCAYGGGCCCUACAGUGCCAUGAAGGGCCCCUCGGGACGCUAUCUGAGCCGCUCCAUACCUUCUCUUCGGUCGGACUACAUCCAGUACUAAAACUAGAGGUCCCACCUGAGACCCCGCCCCCCUCAGUGUGGACAGGAAGUGACAUAGCGAGAGGCUUCCCCUCUCAGGACUGAACUGUGUGUAAAUAUGUUGUGAUCUACACGCGUGUUUGGCUGAAGAGAAACAGAUUUUAUAUCAUUUGUCACAGAAGAAACUAUAUUUUUGUGUUAACGAUAGAAAAUAUUUAGUUGUUUUUUUAUGUGUCUGCAGACGGCGAGAGGCUCUCGUCAUGGUUACAGUAUUUACACCUGAGCAAGGUUCUGUUUGGGUUUUAUGGUUUCGGGUCAGAAUCAAACGUGCGGGCCGUGCCUUAAAGCAACUUUUAGGGUUUAUUUUUUUAACCAGACUGAGAAUAAAGACGGAUAAUUUUAUUUUUUUAAUAAAGAAACCAGAUUUUAGUUUUUAAUAAUAUCACCAGAAUAAGAAGUUAUUUAUAAAAGAAACAUAAACUCAUCUGGAGAUCAGUUUYACACAAAAACAAAUAAAUGUSAAUUUAUGGAUGUUGAAUAUUUAACGUUUUGGGCUUUUUAAUGUUWUUUUUAUUAAUAAAGUGUUUCUUUCAGCAGAUUAAUAAACACUUUAAAUGUUUUAUCGCACUCUGCUUUAACUCAACAAAAGGCCACUCCAGACACUUUAAUGAGGUCAAGUGGAGAUGUUAUGAAGUUAGUGUCUUACCUGUUUCAGACGAGUCUUUGAACUCGAGCAAUGAGACGAACAGCAGAGAUUCACGGAGCUUUAUUUAUUUAUGUUUUUGUAGAAGGAGCGGACCAGAUAACCUGUUCUCUGUGGAAGAGAGAGGCCAAAACAAAAAAUCAUCAGAUUUAUGAUCCGUAUUUAACAUUUAAAGCCUUUAACCCAGAGCAGCAGUAGGGUGAAGACGAAAUAAAAUUUAAACUAAUUUUAUGAGAGAGAUUUUAUUAAAACCCUCCAGCUGACCUGAGGUCAAACUGAGACCUCGUGAAUGGUUUUGAUCUAAGAGCAGCAGGAGGUUGAAACAAAUAUCUUUAUUAAACUUUAUUUUGUUGUUUUUAUUAUGAGACUAAUUUUUUCACUCAAACUGUUGCUAAUUUGAAAAAAUAAAUCCUUCAGAUCUGUUUUGAGAAAUAAAACGACUGCAGUGUCUGACACCGGACCGGACCGGAUCCKGACAGGAAGCUGGAGGGUUGGCUGCAGGAAAUGAGGGUCAGUGAGGUUUAUCACAGCCUGUUCAGGGUUUGGUUUGACAGUUAACGACGGAUCAACGAUCCUGAAAGUGAAAGUAGCGAAGGAUUCGUCCGCCCUCAGUUUGGACUCCAGAACUCUGUAGUGUCGUCUUGUUUUUGAUGAAACCGCCUCGUGUUGAGGUUCUGUUCAGACGUGACUUCGGUGCCUUCAUCAGAUCUGUGGUCGUUCGUAGCUUCAGGUCCUGAUUGGCUGACGGGUUUGUCUGUGUCACAAAUUAAAACUUGAAGAAUAAACGAUCAAACUGAUCGAUCUGACUGUUACUUCCUCCAGCCUMGAGUUAAACGGACCUGAAGUGCCUUAAAGUGACAGUUCAGACAUUUAGAAGUGAACUGUUUGAUAUAUCUGCAACAGGUGAGAUAUUCACAACUCCACUUCAAAGAUCCAAACUACCCCUUUAAACAUUUUAUAGCUACGUUUGGUGAACGGCCUGGAAAUGUAGCAAAGAAGGAAAUACUUUUAUUUUGAAAUGAACUGCCGCUGUUUUUACUCACGAAUGUCUUUUUUUCCCUUAAACUUAAAGGGAAGUUCAGACAGUAAUAAUGUAGAUAUUUUGUCUUUACUGUUUCUAAUAAAAUGACUUCUGGAGUUAA